CACAAAAAAAAAUACUUCUAAAAUAUAGCCACAUUAGAGUUAACCUAAAAAUUGUAAAAUACUGGAAAAUAAUUCGUCACAUUUUCUAUUUAGUACCAAAAACGUGCUCUGCAAGUAUUUAGAUUAAAAUGAGUAAAGUUGAUGAGAAUUCCAGUGAAGAGGAAGGUUUUGAGUUAGUAAAACAUUCUGAAGAAGAACUGUCUGACUUGGAGAAUGAAGAAUCUAGUGAAGAAAGUUCAAGUACAAAUGAAAAUAGCUCACUAAAGCGUAAACUACAUUCAGAAGAUGAUAAGAAUAAAAGAAUUAAAAAACAUAAAGAUUUAUACAAACCUCCAACUACAGAGGAACUUAACCGACUACAUGAAAAUGAAAAUCUAUUCAAUUCAAAUUUGUUUAGAAUGCAAAUAGAAGAACUAUUAAAUGAAAUAAAAGUGAAACAUAAAUAUGUUGCUAUUUUUGAGUCGUGGUAUGAAAAGUUUCAAGGUUUUAUUAAAAAUAUCCCAGAAUAUGAUUUUGAGAAAACUAAAGCACCAAAUAAACCAAAAAAGAAAAAGGAAGCCAAGCAUACGUCACUACAAGAAAUUGAAAGUAACCUUUGUGGAAACUGUAAAAGCGAUCAUUCAAAGGUCACUGCAUUUAUUAAACCAUCUAACGUGGACAUUUUUGGAAGAUACAGAAUAAAUGCUGUUGUUGGAACAAAGUUAGAAGUUGAUAUUAAAUUAAUAAUGCCAAAACUUUUAUUUAAGGAGAAAGAUUACUUAAAUAAUAGAUACUGGAUUAUACACAAUUAUUAUAUAUCCUAUAUUGCUACAGAACUUAAAAAAGCAAAUUUUUGUUCAAAGAUUUCAUAUUUAUUGGAACACAAUAAUGCUUUUUUAUCUAAACUAAUUGUCACUCCUUUUGAAUCUGACAAGAUUACAAUUAAAAUUCAUGUUGUCCCUCAAGAAGGUAGUUUUAAAAACCACCGUUUUGAACCUCAGAAAAACAAUGUGAAAGUUAACAUUUUACAAAAUGAUUUUGAUGUAAAUUUAGAAACAUUAAAAAUCACUGCAACACCUUAUUACAAUGCUGCUAUUGCUAAAACUUCUGUGUUAGAAAAGAACUACAACUUUUUAGAGGACAAUUUGAAGGACUUAAAAAAUGUUCAAGAUGGUAUAAAAUUGCUAACAGUUUGGCUAAAGCAAAGAUUUGAAUUUAAUAAUCCUAUCGGAUUCACUGAAGAAUUGCUUUUGUUUGUGAUACUGUACCUAGUUAUAAAAAAACGAGUAAAUAAACAUAUGAGUUCAUAUCAAGUAAUUCGGAAUUUUUGGUACUUCUUAAGUACUACUGAUUGGAGUGAAGAUCCUAUUAGCCUUUCUGAAGAUGUUAAAGAUGAACAUUUAAAGCAAUACAGGAAAGAAUUUGAUAUUGUAUUUCUUGAUAACAGUGGGUAUUACAAUUUAACUUCAUUUUUGGACAAGAAUAUCUACAUGAAAAUAAAAAAAGAAUCCCAAAUAGCAGUAAACUUAUUAGAUAAAGUACAAUUUAAUUCAUUUGGAGCACUUUUUAUGACCAAAAUGCCAUAUCAAGUGCAAUAUGAUGCCAUUGUAAUAAUUAAAAAUGAAAAUCGGUUUUCUAACGCUUCUAAAUUUAUUUCUGAAGAAAAGAAGAUCAACUACAUAAGUUUUCAUGAAUUGCUGCUGCAGAAGACUAUUGCAAAUUUUUUGCAAAAGGGUUUGGGUAAAAGAAUCAAGAAUCUGGUUCCUCAAUGUAUUGAAAGCUUUAUUAAAGAUGUAGGGAGUAAAACACAGCCUGAAUUUAAUAAAUUAACUUUUGGGAUCACCCUUGAUCCAGAACAUGCAUAUAAAAUUGUUGAAAUAGGCCCGCCAGCAGAUGAUAAAGAUGCAGCUUUAGAAUUCCAAAAGUUUUGGGGAAAUCUGGCACACUGCAGAAGAUUCAAUGAUGGAAGCAUACAUGAAGCAGUUCAUUUUGAAGCAGAAACAUUUCACGAAAAAAGAAACAUUUUCAAAAAAAUUGUAAACUUUGUUUUAUCAGAAAAGCUUCAACUAAAAGAGAAUUACAUGUUUUGUAAUGAGCUGGAAAAAUUUAUUUCACCUGGAAAAUCUACUAUAGAAGAAUCCACUAUAAAAGUAAUUACUACUUUUGAUGAACUGACAAAGUUAUUGAGAUCAUUAGCUUUGCCAUUAGGCAUUACAGCAAUUCAUGGAAAAUCAGAUGUAUUUUGCUAUUCGGACCUGUUUCCACCUGUACCAACUACCCAUAAUCCUGAGACGGAUGUAACGACUUUACAGAAUGACAACAUAGUUUUUAAGGAAAAUGCAAACGUUAAAUGGAUUCCUAAUUAUUGUGCCCCCAUUGAAUGUGUUAUUCAUUUAAGUCUCCAUUCCAAAUGGCCAAACGACUUUGAAGCUUUAAAACACAUAAAAACUGCAUUUUACUUAAAAAUAUCUGAACUUUUAAAAGAGAAAAGUAAUGUAAAGUCUAAUGUUCGUCCAGAAUUCUUUGAUGUCUAUUAUAAAGGAUAUGUGUUCAGAUUUACUCUCUAUCACCCAAAAGAAAUAAAAUUUUUGAAGAAAGAAGUAGAUUCAACUGGUACAAUUUCAUAUAAAGAUACUGAAGACAGUAUAAAUUAUGAGAAGGAGUUAGAUAUAGCAUGUAAAAUUAGUGGAGCUUUAAAUGGAAUACAGUCUCAGUUUUCAAGUUUUGGGCCAAGCAAUACACUAAUAAAACGUUGGUUACGUUCGCAACUUAUUGAUAACUUUUAUAUUCCUGACAUAGUUAUCAACAUGUUGAAUGCAUCAAUUUAUCUCAAUAAUGUACAUCUUAGUAAUUCCAAUUUGCCACAAGUGCAAUUUCUGAGAUUUUUAAAAUUUAUUCAAGACAGUGAUUGGAAUUUGAAUGCUGUUGUGGUUAAUUUUAAUGAUGAAAUAACUAAGGAGCAGUUGGAUUCAUAUGAAACUAAUUUUCACCAAAAUCGACAAAAUUACCCCCCACUUUACAUUAUAACACCAUAUGAUAAUGGCAAGUCCUUAUUCACUAUUAACACCUGCGGAAAGGAAGUUUUACGACGUCUUGCAAUUCUAGCAACUGCAACAUACAAUGUCUUGUUGGAAAGCUUUUUGCAAACUUUUGAAGUAAAACUAUUAGAGAGUAUUUUCGUACCGAAUAUGGACGGGUAUAAUCUCUUAAUUCAUCUUAAACCCUUGUUGAAUUCAAGAAGAAAUGAAAGCAUUGAUGAAUGCAACAAAAAACACUUAAAAAAAUCCAAAUGUAAAAAUGUUUUUACGAAGAAUUACGAUAAAUUUGCUAUACCUAUAGUUGGAUUUAACCCUGUAGACCUCUACUUAAGUGAAUUACGGGCAAAUUAUGGCGAAUUUGCAUAUUUUUUUCACAACGUAUAUGGAGGAUGUACAAUAGCUGUUUUAUGGAAACCUAAUAUCUUUGAUGAAAAAGAAUUUAAAGUUAGCUGUGUCAAUGGACACAAAUUAAAAGAUAAUAAAUUAAUAUUCAAUGAAGAAGCAGUCAUUGAGGAUUUCUAUAUUUUAGGAGAAGGAUUAGUAGAAAACAUAGAGAAAAAGUAUAAUGAUGAAAUAACUAAGGAGCAGUUGGAUUCAUAUGAAACUAAUUUUCACCAAAAUCGACAAAAUUACCCCCCACUUUACAUUAUAACACCAUAUGAUAAUGGCAAGUCCUUAUUCACUAUUAACACCUGCGGAAAGGAAGUUUUACGACGUCUUGCAAUUCUAGCAACUGCAACAUACAAUGUCUUGUUGGAAAGCUUUUUGCAAACUUUUGAAGUAAAACUAUUAGAGAGUAUUUUCGUACCGAAUAUGGACGGGUAUAAUCUCUUAAUUCAUCUUAAACCCUUGUUGAAUUCAAGAAGAAAUGAAAGCAUUGAUGAAUGCAACAAAAAACACUUAAAAAAAUCCAAAUGUAAAAAUGUUUUUACGAAGAAUUACGAUAAAUUUGCUAUACCUAUAGUUGGAUUUAACCCUGUAGAUCUCUACUUAAGUGAAUUACGGGCAAAUUAUGGCGAAUUUGCAUAUUUUUUUCACAACGUAUAUGGAGGAUGUACAAUAGCUGUUUUAUGGAAACCUAAUAUCUUUGAUGAAAAAGAAUUUAAAGUUAGCUGUGUCAAUGGACACAAAUUAAAAGAUAAUAAAUUAAUAUUCAAUGAAGAAGCAGUCAUUGAGGAUUUAUAUAUUUUAGGAGAAGGAUUAGUAGAAAACAUAGAGAAAAAGUAGCAUUUAAUAAACAUUUCCUUUAAUA